AUGUAUCUCAACUCCAGGUCCGAGGCUACCUGGUGCAAGUAUUUUCCAACAACCCUCAAAGGUGUUGCACAGUCAUGGAUCACCAAGGGGGUGAAAGAAGGCUCUAUAGCUGGUUGGAAAGACCUUUCCAACAAAUUCAAGAGCAAGUUUUCUACGGCUAACCGCCGAGAAAAGAUAACUGCAGAACUGAUGAGUCUGCAGCAAGCCGAGGAUGAAAGCCUCCGCGAUUAUCUGACUCGCUUCAGCAACGAGUCGUCCAGAAUUACAAGUUUGGACCAAGAUGGGAAGGUCCUUCUUCCUGUCACCAUUGGCAAAGGCCGAGCAGUGCGAAGCAUCAUGGCUGAAUUCUUGAUCGUGGAUGCCCCCUCUGUGUACAACGUGAUGAAUAACAUUCAAAGAGUUGUCUCGACGUACCAUCAAACGAUGAUAUAUGUCUCGGACGAGGGACACUCCGAAAAAAUAAAGGGCAGCCAAAAGGAAGCCCGAAGAUGUAACCACCUCAAGCCAUCCAAGGGUCGCCGCGAUGACCAGGAUGAUAAGGAGGAAAAAGAGCGGGACCGUUGCGCGAAAAAGCCUAAAGGCUUUAGUGUUUCGGCCCAAGGAACCCCAGCAAAAGAAAAAUCUUUGGGGGAUGAAAGGGCUAGUUCUUCGUCCGAGCCGAAAGACUCAGAAAAUCAGCUAGCGUCUGGGAAGCCUGCUGAUAUUGACAGCAGGCUUGAAUCCGAAGAGUCCAAUGCCAAAGCUAUGGAACUGGAUAACUAG